AUGAGCUUUGUUAUUGCUAUUAUUUUGUUCUGUAUUAAUAUAUAUAUCAUGGGAAAUACUGAAAAUUUAUUUGAAGCAUGCACUUUUAAGCCUUCUAAUGGUAAGGAUUGUGAAGAUUCGACUAAAAAGCCGAUGCCAAAAAUAAACAGUUUAAAGAUUACAUUUAUUACAUCAUAUUACAUAGCAUGCUAAAUGUCCCUACUUCCAAGAGUGAAUUAUGAACAACUUCGUUAAAAGCCUCAUCUAAGGGACUCUUUGUUUGAGGGACCUCCUCCAAGUAACUGCCUAUUGGAUCAGGCCCAAAACUGCACUUCUGUGCUCACCUCAGGUGCCAAAUAUCGCUGGGCCAACUCCUUGCUCCAAAAACCAUACCAAGAUAUGCAUUGGUAGCUUUCACACGAGAGGACGGGUUGUACGUCCAUAACCAUUUUCUGUAUAUUAGGUUUAAAGAUAAUAAGGUAAAGAUUUUUGAUUAUACAGGUGAGUUUAAAGCUGCUCGAACUCUUGAGAAGUUAAAAGAAAUAAUUCCGCUAUAUGUUCCUAUGGAAGUGAGAUGCUUUAGAGGGACGUUUAUUGAAUCUAAACAUUCUUAUGUUAGGGUUUUAGGAGUAUCUGUUACGAAGAAAAAGUUCCAAAUAGUUUAUAUAGAAGUUUAUUACAAGAGUAACAGAUUUUUAAUAAAUCUUCGACCAGAAGAUCUGUCUGAAAAGGAGCUUGGCCAAGAUAUUGGGAACUUACAAUUAAUUCAUCUUUUUUCUGAAAAAGCUGUAGUUUGUAUUUAGGUUUAUCAGCAAAAUUUCAAAGAUUUUAUAGGAUGGCUUGACUCUAUCAAAACAAACCCUAACUUCCCAAAACUCGAUCAUAGACUCAUGAUUGUUAAUUAAGGGUAGGGAUUAAAAACAUUCUAAAAAAAAAACCACACUUAAUUAAGAUAUAUAAAGCAUUCCUACUGAUUAGUAAUUAUCUAUUUAUUAUUGAAAAUAGGAUGACAGAUUCCAGUAGGAACGUUCUAUUUAUUCGGAUUAGGUAUAUAUAAAAUAAGAUAUUUUAUACUUUAUUAUAUAAAUUUUGCAAUAGGGACAAAAAUAUUUUCUUACAUUAUUUUGAAGAACUAUUCGGUCAAGAAAGCAAGCAAAUAUUAACUCCUGAGCAAAAAAAUAUGGGGAAAAUUGUAUAUGAUUUUUUUAGAAAUAUGGGAUCUAGCCCCACCCCUCAAACGAUAUUAAAUUAA